AUGUCAUCCGAUGAGCAGGACGCCUUGGACGCACUUGAGAGGGAGGCAUCGGAUUUCAUCAAGGAUGCGGAAAUCGAUCGCAUUCGAAAGGCAUUCUCAUUAGACGCAUAUGCUGUUCUGGAUCUGCAACCCGGUGUCCCGGACUCAGAUAUCAAAUUACAGUAUCGCAAGAAGUCCCUGCUGAUCCAUCCCGACAAGACAAAAAAUCCAGCUGCCCCCGAUGCCUUUGACCGCCUCAAGAAGGCGCAGACAACAUUGCUGGAUGAGAAGGCCCGCGCGUAUCUGGAUGAAUGUAUCUCGGAUGCGCGACGGCUCCUCAUCCGGGAACACAAGUAUACGGUCGACUCACCCGAGCUACAGACAGAGGAGUUCAAGAAGGAGUGGCGCCAGAAGACCGUGCACGUCCUGCUGGAAGAGGAAGCGCGAAGACGAAGGCAGCUAAAAGCCAAGCUACAGGAGGAAGGACGAGAGCAGCGCAAGGAGGAGGAAGAGCUGGAAGCGAGAAAACGGAAAAGAGAGCACGAGAAAGUAUGGGAGGACACACGAGAGGAGCGCAUUGGAAGCUGGCGCGAUUUCCAGAAGGGGCACAAAAAAGGAGGCGACGGCGACAAGAAGAAGAAGAAAAAGAUGAAGGUGCUCGGUUGA